CCACAUAAUAUUGAAUUAAGCUUUAAUAUUUUAUUAGCUAAUUAAACGCAAAGUUUCCCGCCAAGAAAAAUGAUCAAGCAUAUAGCACUGACUUAAGUUGCACCGAAUGAGUCUGAUCUGUGGAAUAAUUUAAUUUAAAGCACAGCCACCACAAAUUCAGACUUUUUUUUUUUUUUUUACUUUUUUUUUUUUUUUUGGCCUUUUUAUGCCUUUUAUUGUGAUAGGACAGUAGAGAGACGACAGGAAAGAGCUGGAGGAGAGAGUUGCACUAUAUGUCAUAACAAGAUCAUAACAUAAAUAACAUCAUAACAAGAAAUAGUUUAAUAGCUAUGAUACUAGAUUUAAAAUCAAAUGUUUGCAUAGUUAUGACAGAAAACACUAACAUCUAACAAUGCCUUGGACAAAACAAUCUUAAAAAAUAAAGUUUAUGCAUAAACCCAAACAGAUAAUAAAACAGUUAUGGAAUAAUCACGUGUCCUAAACUCCUGAAACACUGGUGUCUCAUUUUAGAGCAGUCAAUGCAAUUUAUGAAAGAAAAGUCAAUUAAAUCUGUAUGUGGAUGUGUGAAAAAAUCAGAUGUAAUCCUCUUUGUAAUCACUGGCAUUUUUCAAAAAGUAACUUAUUUAAUUACACUUUUUUUCUCAGUAACUGUAACUUGUAAUUAAAUUACGUAAUUCCGUUACAUCUAAUUAGUUACUCCCCAACACUGGUGUCAAGUAUGUGGUUUCAGAAGGGUGAUACCAGAACACACAUAUUGUUUUAUAUUUGUAUAAUUUCAAAUAAGAGACAAUGCAACCUCAUGCACUCUCCUGUAUAGCAAGUGAAAUGCAAGACCCGUUCUCCGGCAUCUGAAGUGAAUCUCUGGUGUGUUUGAGCUGUCGCUGUCCGCGGUGCUGAAAUCCACCGGAGCCGCUCAGAAACCGCCACGCGCGUCUUUCCGAAGCCCAAACUGUUCCUAGCGAUGAUUUAUUGGUUCAGAUCUGAUUGUUCUCGGGCUCAUCAUCCGCGCGCGCUCAGGGCGGGUCGUGUGACGUCACGCGCGCGAUCCUCGGACCAGACACUCGGCGAGUCCGCGCGACCGAAACGGAUAUUUGUACCUCAAAACACCCGUUAAACCACCACUUAGAGCGGAGCAAAGGGAACACACAAAGCGGGGCAAUGUCUGUGGCGGGGCUGAAAAAGCAGUUUCACAAAGCGACUCAGAAAGUCAGUGAGAAGGUUGGAGGAGCUGAAGGAACCAAACUCGACGAUGACUUCAAAGAAAUGGAAAAGAGAGUGGACAUUACAAGCAGAGCGGUGCUCGACAUCAUGACCAAAACCACAGAAUACCUGCAGCCAAACCCUGCAUCCAGGGCCCGUCUAAGUAUGAUCAACACCAUGUCUAAGAUCCGGGGUCAGGAAAAGGGUCCAGGUUACCCUCAGGCUGAGACGGUGCUGGGAGACGCCAUGCUAAAAUUCGGCCGUGAGCUCGGAGAAGAGUCCAGCUUUGGUUUGGCUCUGCUGGACGCCGGUGAAUCCAUGCGUGAGCUCGGUGAGGUGAAAGAUGCUUUAGAUAUAAACGUCAAACAGAACUUCAUAGACCCGCUGCAGAACCUUCACGACAAAGAUCUCAAAGAGAUUCAGCACCAUCUGAAGAAGAUGGAAGGCCGCCGUCUAGACUUCGAUUAUAAGAAGAAGCGUCAAGGGAAAGUGACGGAUGAUGAGAUCAAACAGGCGCUGGAGAAAUUUGACGAGUCAAAAGAGAUCGCGGAGCAGAGCAUGUUUAACCUGCUGGAGAAUGACAUCGAACAGGUGAGUCAGCUGGCAGCUCUGGUUCAGGCUCAGGUGGAGUAUCAUCAGCAGGCCGCUGAGAUCCUGCAGCAGCUCUCCAGCAAGAUAGAAGACAGGAUAAAGGAUAUGUCCAACAAACCCCGGAAGGAGUUCACCCCCAAACCCCGCAUGGAGCUUCAACUGCCCAGUGAGAAUCACAAUGGAGGAAUAAACUCUGCAAAAUCACCUGCACGCUCACCAGCUCCGUUGGAUCAGCCGUGUUGUCGCGCACUCUAUGACUUCGAGCCAGAGAACGAGGGUGAGCUUGGCUUCAAGGAGGGCGACAUCAUCACUUUGACCAAUCAGAUCGACGACAACUGGUACGAGGGCAUGAUCCACGGCCAGUCAGGGUUCUUCCCCAUCAAUUACGUGGACAUCCUGGUGCCUCUGCCUCACUAGGCUCCGCCCACCCCUGCUGUUGCCUAGCAACCCAACAGCCGCCUUUAUCGUGCAUCUGUGCUACAGCUUCACUUCCUGUUCCUGUCGAUCAGUUACUUGGAGGAUUAUGAUGAUGAUGAUGAAGAGGAGGAGGAUUAUAGACAUUACGGAGUCCUGUCUGAGUGGAGAAACAGUUCAAGUGCUCAGUGUGAGUGUGUGUGAGUGUUUGCGCUCCUGGACUCGUGGUUUACGGUGAAUCAUGAGUUGGUGUAUAUUGUUUUUCUCGUGUUUCAGAUUAUUUAUUUGUACUUCGCCUUGAUUGACGUAAGGGAACUGGCGCUUCACUCUUCUGAUCAACCUCACUUAGUCCAGCUCUAUCCCAGCAUGCUUAUAGGAAAGUUCUGGAUCUCCAGAUGUGUGUUUGAUUGCAUUGCCGCUCUCUGUUUAUCACACGUUAAAAUCUUUUUCCUAGCUAAGCUGCGAACAACAAAAUGUUGUUCUGAUUGAAUUUUAUUGCUUGCUGAUGCAUUUUGGCUUUGGCUUAGAACAGAAAUGUUGCUCCUGCGCUGCAAAAGUGAUGUUUUAUCUUUAUUUCCAGUACAAAUAUCUAAAUAUUCUUAAAUCCAGAAACAAAAAAAUAUUAAAUCUUGUUUUCUGAACAAUUAAUCAAAACCAAAUGAGUUUAGGCUUAAAUCAAUAAAAAUACAUGACAGUGGCAUCUGAAAAAUUUUUGAAUUUUGAAUUAAGUUUUUCUGACCCCAUUGACAAAUAUUUUUUUCUUUAAGCAAACCUAUUUAUCAUCAUUUUCAUUAAACAAGACUUCAUAUUUUAAGACAUUUAGUUUCUCAAGUAAAUAUAUUUUUUUUUUUAGAUAUUUAUAAUGGAAAACAAGACAAAAAUAGGGUAACAUUUUACAAUAAAGUCCCAUUAGUUAACUUUGGUUAACUAAAAUUAACUAACAAUGAGCAAUACGUUUGCUACAGUCUUUAUUAAUCUUUGUUAAUAAAAAAUACAACUGUUCAUUGUUAGUUCACGUUAGCUCAGGUCCAUUAAAUAAUAUUAACAGAUGCAACAAUAUAAAUCAUAUUACCUAAGAUUAAUAAGUGCUUUAGAAUUAUUGUUCAUUGUUAUUUAAUGUUAAUGGAAUAUUGUAGUGUUACCCAAAAUUACUAAGAAUAUAAUUUUUGCUCUGUUCUCUGUUUUUGCUUGUUUAAGAUUUAUUUAUUUGUUUAUAAUUUACAGUGAAAUAUAAAAAUGCAAUAAGGAUAUUGAACAUAAAGCACACACGUCGACAUGACGUAUUUUGGAGCAUGGUAGCUGGUUUGUUAUUGGUCCAAAGUGGUCAACCAGCCCUAAACAGCUCAACCAAGAUAGUCGACCAGAUCAACCUUGAGCUAACAGUCCAACUGUUAAAGCAUGUAGACUAGCAAAUGUCCAGCAAUGUGCAGCCAUCAUAAGCUAGUUAAACUGGGUUUUUCUUGAAGGUUUCUUCUCAGCCUGAUGGUAGAUGUUUCCUAAAGCAGCAUACAAAGUCUUAUUUUUGAAAUAAGUGGUAUUUCCACAAAUGCCAAGAUUGUGUUACCGGAGUGCGCUGGUUAUUGUGUGUGUGUGAUCGUUUCCACAUAGAAUAUAAUGCUAGUUACUACCGUAGUGUUAGUGGUUAGUCGUUAGUGCCGUGAUGUUUGUAAGCACAUGUGGUUUGAGAAAGACUAUUUUUAAUGUUAAACUGAUGGAUUGAUUGCAGCUGAUGAACAUAUAUAGCGUCUAACAGACUGAAGUGUAGCAGCAUUUGUUGUUUUAAUGGUUGAUGGACCAUGUUCUUCAGCACAGCUCACGCUGUGUGUCGUUUGAUGCCUUCAACGCGUUCGGCCUUCGUUUGAAACCCAUGCCGUACGUCGACCAUUGCUUGCGGCCGGACCAGUGACUAUGGAGGCCAUUUUUACGCCAUGGAAUAUUAAAAAUAUAAAAAAGGUAAAUGGACUUUUUAUCUCACAGUUGUGACUUUUUUCUCACAGAUGCAAGUUUAUAUCUAGCACUUUUCGCAGUUCUUUUUUUUUUUUUU